AUGCAGAAGACAUUAGGAAUUAAAAUAGGCAAACAGAUCCGCUAAACUAUUAAAUUAAAUUUGAAUUUCUUCGAAGAUCCUCUAUAAUAGGAGCUUCUUUAAAACUUAAUACCAGCAUUGAUUGAAUAAAAGACAGAAUUAGAAAUAACUUAUAGGUUUUAGUCUUUUUAAUGA